AUGUUGCCACCAUUCCCUCCACUAACCAAAGUACUCCUGACUGAUCUGUAUUUGGCCAUAAAACACAUCCCAAACGAUGAUGUGGAGCAUCAACAAGUGGUCUUAAAUGGGAAGACCUCCAUGGUCCCACUGGAGGUUCUCCUCAUGAUGAAAGUCGGAGGUGGACCAGGGUCAGUAGGCACUUGUGCAGCAGUCUCAAUACUGGACUGGUACGAUCUAGAGCAGGAGGUCCUCCUGGUCAUGGAGAGAUCAGUCCCCUGUGUGAGCCUACUGACCUAUAUGGAGAAUAAUGCUGGACCCCUGGAGGAGAACAUCACUAAGCAGCUGGUGGAUGCAGCCAUAAUAAUGCAUAGCAAAGGCAUUUUCCACCGCGACAUCAAGAUGGAAAACCUGCUCCUAGAGACCGGCUCCAGUGACCUGCGAGUGCGGGUCAUCGACUUUGGAUGUGGCUGCUCGGUGCAAGAAAAGCUGUUCUCCAGCUUCCUCGGAACCUCAGCGUACGCCCCUCCAGAGUUUUACACAUGUGGGAGGUAUGAGGCUGCGCCCACCACUGUCUGGCAGCUGGGCGCGCUGCUUUACGAACUGCUACGUAGAUGA